AUGAAGCAAUUUUGUUUUGUUUUAGGUAUUGAAGAUGCCGUAAACCAAGUGAGAGGGAUCGGCGGAAAGGCGUACGGCUACAAAUGCGAUCUAACGGAUAGGGAGGAUGUGUACAGAACCGCUAAUAAGGUUUACGAGGAAGUCGGACAGGUAACGAUCCUCAUCAAUAAUGCCGGAAUUGCUUCGGGGCGCCUUCUUCUGGAUACUCCCGAUCAUUUAAUCCAGCGGACGUUUGACGUGAACAUUAUCUCUCAUUUUUGGACGACCAAGGCGUUUUUGCCGAAGAUGAUCGACAGUAACCACGGGCAUAUCGUCACAAUCGCAUCCUUGGCAGGUCACAUUGGAGUACACAAGCUGGUCGAUUAUUGCUCGUCGAAAUUCGCCGCCGUCGGUUUCGACGAGUCGUUGAGGAUAGAACUCGAAAAGCUGGGGGUUACUGGCGUUAAAACGACCGUAGUGUGUCCCUACUUUAUCCAAGCGACUGGGAUGUUCAACGAUGUCGUCUCCCGUUUCGUGCCGACAUUGAAAUCCACCCAAGUCGCCGAUGAGAUCGUCGAGGCGAUCGAGCUGGAGAAGUUGAGCGUGAUCAUCCCGCGAUACUUGGGAAUAUUAUGCGUGAAGUGGAUUUUACCUUGGACUGUCAUCUCACUGUUCAUGCGCAAUAUCGUCAGUAACGCCGGACCUACGCACGCCGAAGCCUUGCCUCACGAGAAUAAAAAAAUGCCAGAAAAAGGAAUGUUUCAAACGAACGCAGAAUCCGAAUUGCAUCACAGGGCCCACGUUACCGAAAAGAGAUAAUUAUUUUUGUAUUUGUUAAGGAAAUACAGUUUUGAUGGAUGCGUAUGCGCGCGCUUAAUUAAAAGAUCUAAAUUUCU